UCUAGUUGACCGACGUUACCCUAACUGCGAGUAAAAAUAGCCUUUCAAAGGCAAUGCAAGAGAAAGAAAGAAAGAGAGGAGGAGAAAAAAAAUCAAAUUUAUAUCCAUGUGCGGAAUCUCAUCCGGGCCAUGAGGGAGAAAAAGGAGAAAAAAUGAACAAAGGAAAAAAAAAUCAAAUUUAUAUCCAUGUGCGGAAUCUCAUCCAGACCAUGAGGGAGAAAAAGGAGAAAAAAUGAACAAAGGAAAAAAAAAUCAAAAUCAAAUCAUCAUCAUCCUAAAUCCAUCUUACAUUUCCCCCCUGAAACUGACCCGACUGGAUUACUGCUCCGCGGCGGGUAUUCUCAUUUCUCCUAGUCCUAGACCUCCCAACCUCUCGUUGAUAAAUUCCACCAUGGACUUGAACAUUGAUUUCCCGCCUGUGCACGCGCCGUACUCGACAUGCUGGAGCAAACCGCUGAACGUGGUGAAGUGCUUCUGCGGCUUGCGCUUCAUGCCGGGCUGUAGUAUGAUGCCAAACACCUCCGGAUCCGGACAUUGGUAGAUCUUCGGCAUGUGAGCGAUGGGAGAGAGCAUGUGCUUCUGCAACGUUGCGAGCGACCUAAACCGCUUUCUGGUGCCCAUUGGGCACAAGGGGCAUUCGUAUUUCCCGUCCGGGAGAAGGUACGGAUGUGUGGGGAUGCUCGAAGGCGUGGCGAUUCCGGAUUCGGAGGAUGCG